UCGCGGAUCGUGGACCGCGGAUGGUAAUCCGCUUGAUAAAGUUAAUUUACUUGAUAAAGUUAAAUUUCGAAGUUUUAGGAAGAAUGGAAGUAGAAGAAGACAGAGAUAACAAAGAAAAUGUAAACCCCCUGGAACAACCCCUGCAGCAACAACUUCCUCAACAACAAUCCCUACAGCAACAACCUCCACAGCAGCCUCUGCAGCAACAACUACCAAAGCAACAACCACCAAAGCAACAACCACAGCAGCAACAACCAGUACAGCAACAGCAACCCCGGGAACAACAAUUACCACAACAAUAUCGGCAACAACAACAACCCUUGCAACAAUACCGGCAACAAAAAUCCUUGCAACAACAACUGCAGGGAAUAAACCAACAUCAGCCUAAUGUGCAGCCUCAAAGUGUACAAAGAUGUGGCCUAGUGAUAAAGUAUCAGACUCAUAACCACGAGGAACCGGAUUUCAAGUCCACCUGA